CCUUUUUAGAAGCAGUUUCCACUAUUGAAACAGAAAAGGAGAUCUUGUUGAGGAAGAGGGGUAUAGAUAGAAGUCAACAAUUUCUACUGAUGGAGUAUACCUGAUGGAAAGUUGGCUAAACUAAAAUGGAUACAAAACUCACAGCGGGAUGUGAAAAGGGAAAUUUUGGAAAGGAAGGAGCUUCAUCAGCGAUCCCACCACUCUCCUCACCUUCAGAGUCCUCUUCUGCUAUCGCAGCCCCAUCCAAAAAGCAUCUCCUCCAUAGACGAAGGACACGCAGGACCAUUUACUCUCUGUGCAAGCGCCUCUUGAAGCCUGUGCAAAUGGAGCUGCUGCUUCUGUCGAAGAGGGACCUCUCCAGGUGGCAUGAGGAACUGCAGCACUUUCACCUCUGUAUCAGGAAGGUGGGGCGACACCUCCAUGCUUGUCUAAGGAAACUCUCCAACUCGCAGGACAGGGAAGCCUGGGAAAUAAACCUGUGGGAGUAUGUGUCCCUUCACACCAUUUUCGAGGGGGCAGAGCUACGCAUCCUAUACAGACACAGCAAUGACAACUUUAACAUCUUCAAGGUGACCUACGAGAAGCUCCGCUUCAACUUCUUGGCAACGGAGCUGCUGGUUGGCUCCUGUGACCUGCAGCAACUCUAUGAGGCCUGGGGCUUGUGUGGAGUCUACUGCUGCACUGACUGCAGACACAUACCAUUGAACUGUAGUCCUCAGAAUACACACCAACAAAGGUCACAGAGUGGGAGCUGCAUUAGGGCGGAUGGCACACGAGGCCAAUUGGAUGUUGCAUUGUACAACAUCAAGCAGGGUCAACACAAGGGCCUCAGUCCAGACACACUUGGACACAAUAUACGGCGUAGGAGCAGAGAUAGUACAGAGGAAGCUGCCAGUGACAUGUUAAAAUUGGGUAAGAAAUGAUUGUGUUAAUAAGUGGA